GUCGGGCAAGAAAGUUGGGGCACAGCAAAAUCGAGCCAGACAAAGUAAAUAACUAAAUAACGGCAUACAUAUAGACAGUAUUCUGUUCGUCAACACAGAUCUGGCCCACAAGCAGAAGGAAAAGCGAGAAAAGCGAGGAAAGCAGCAACCCGAGAUAAGCAACCCGAAAGAGAAGAAAGCGCGCGAAGAAGAAGAAGCUCCGCCAAGAUGCCCGUCUUCCACACGAAAACGAUCGAGAGCAUCCUAGAUCCUGUCGCCCAGCAGGUGUCCCGCCUGGUGAUCCUGCACGAGGAGGCCGAGGAUGGCAACGCGAUGCCCGACCUCAGCCGGCCGGUGCAGGUGGUCUCGGCGGCGGUGGCGAACCUGGUGAAGGUCGGCCGCGAGACGAUCAACAGCUCCGACGACAAGGUCCUGCGGCAGGACAUGCCGGCGGCGCUGCAGCGCGUGGAGGGCGCCUCGCAGCUGCUGGAGGAGGCCUCCGAGAUGCUGCGCGCGGACCCGUACUCCGGCCCGGCGCGCAAGAAGCUGAUCGAGGGCAGCCGCGGCAUCCUGCAGGGCACCUCCGCGCUGCUGCUCUGCUUCGACGAGAGCGAGGUGCGCAAGAUCGUGCAGGAGUGCAAGCGGGUGCUGGACUACCUGGCGGUGGCCGAGGUGGUCGGCUCCAUGGAGCAGCUGGUGCACUUCCUCAAGGACCUCUCGCCCUGCCUGGGCAAGGUGCACCGCGAGGUGGGGGCGCGCGAGAAGGAGCUCACCCACCAGGUGCACUCCGAGACGCUCGUCCGCUGCCUGGAGCAGGUCAAGACCCUGGCCCCCAUCCUCAUCUGCAGCAUGAAGGUCUACAUCCACAUCGUGGAGCAGCAGGGCCGCGGCGCCGAGGAGGCGGCCGAGAACCGCAACUACCUGGCCGCGCGGAUGAGCGACGAGCUGCAGGAGAUCAUCCGCGUGCUGCAGCUGACCACCUACGACGAGGACACCAGCGAGCUGGACAACCUCACCGUGCUGAAGAAGCUCUCCAACGCGAUCGCCACCAAGCUGCAGCUGGCCGGCGAGUGGCUCUCCAACCCCUACGCCCUGCGCGGCGGCGUCGGCGAGAAGGCGCUCCGCCAGGUGCUGGACAACGCGGCCGAGAUCUCCGAGCGCUGCCUGCCCCAGGACGCCUACCCGGUGCGCAAGCUCGCCGACGAGGUCUCCGCCAUGGCCGACCGCCUCUGCGAGCUGCGCCAGGAGGGCCAGGGCCAGACGCCCCAGGCGGAGGCGCUCGCCCGCGGCAUCCGCGAGCGGCUCGCCGAGCUGCAGGCGCUCGUCCACCGGGCGGUGCUCGGCGUGGACAAGGCCGGCGUCCAGCAGACGGCGCACACCAUCCAGGGCCGCCUGGAGCAGGCGGUCAAGUGGCUGCAGCACCCGGAGCUCAGCGACGGCGGACUGGGCGAGCGGGCGGUGGCCCUCAUCGUGGAGGAGGGCCGCAAGGUGGCCGAGGGCUGCCCGGGCCACCAAAAGGCCGAGAUCCAGCAGCUGUGCGACGAAGUGGAGCGGUUGAAGCGGCAGGCGGCGGGUUCGGGCCCGGCGGCCCAGCAGGCGGCCAAGCAGCUCACCCAGAAGCUGCACGAGCUGAAGGCGGCCGUCCAGAACGCACUGGUCAACCGCAUCGUGCAGGACUUCAUGGACGUGAGCACCCCGCUGAAGCAGUUCACCGAGGCGGUGCUCCAGCCGGAGGGCACGCCGGGGCGGGAGCAGAACUUCGGCCAGAAGGCGGCCAACCUGCAGGCGUUCAGCGACCGCGCCUCGAAGACCUCGCGCAUGGUGGCCGCCGGAGGAGCUUGUGGGAACAAGAAGAUCGCCGAGACGCUGCUCUCCUCGGCCGCCCAGGUGGACUCGCUCACGCCGCAGCUGGUGAGCGCGGGCCGCAUCCGGAUGAACUACCCGGGCAGCAAGGCGGCCGACGAGCACCUGCAGAACCUGAAGCAGCAGUACGCGGACACGGUGCUGCGCAUGCGCACCCUCUGCGACCAGGCCACCGACCCGGCCGACUUCAUCCGGACCUCCGAGGAGCACAUGCAGGUCUAUGCCAAGCUCUGCGAGGACGCCAUCCACGCGCGCCAGCCCCAGAAGAUGGUGGACAACACCUCGAACAUUGCGCGGCUCAUCAACCGCGUCCUGCUGGUCGCCAAGCAGGAGGCGGACAACUCCGAGGACCCCGUCUUCACCGAGCGGCUCAACGCGGCCGCCAACCGGCUGGAGCGCUCCCUGCCCGCCAUGGUGGGCGACGCCAAGCUGGUGGCCACCAACAUCGCGGACCCCGCGGCGGCCGCCGCCUGGAAGAGCUCCUUCCAGCGGCUCCUCGGCGACGUGCGCGAGGUGCGGGAGGCCAUCGCCCCGCCGCAGCCGCCGCCGCUGCCCGCCUCCCUGCCGCCGCCCGUGCCCGAGCUGAGCGCCCUGCACCUGUCCAGCCAGAGCGCUGAAAGGGCGCCGCCAAGGCCGCCGCUGCCCAGGGAGGGACUGGCCCCGGUGCGACCGCCUCCGCCGGAGACGGACGACGAGGACGAGGGCGUCUUCCGCACGAUGCCGCACGCCAACCAGCCGAUCCUGAUCGCCGCCCGCGGACUGCACCAGGAGGUGCGGCAGUGGUCCUCGAAGGACAACGAGAUCAUCGCGGCCGCCAAGCGGAUGGCCAUCCUGAUGGCGCGGCUCAGCGAGCUGGUGCUCUCGGACUCGCGCGGCAGCAAGCGGGAGCUGAUCGCGACGGCCAAGAAGAUCGCCGAGGCAUCGGAGGACGUGACCCGGCUGGCCAAGGAGCUGGCCCGCCAGUGCACCGACCGGCGCAUCCGCACCAACCUGCUGCAGGUGUGCGAGCGCAUCCCCACCAUCGGCACCCAGCUGAAGAUCCUCUCCACGGUGAAGGCCACCAUGCUGGGCGCCCAGGGAUCGGACGAGGAUCGCGAGGCCACCGAGAUGCUGGUGGGCAACGCCCAGAACCUCAUGCAGAGCGUGAAGGAGACGGUGCGCGCCGCCGAGGGAGCCAGCAUCAAGAUCCGCUCCGACCAGACCAGCAAUCGGCUGCAGUGGGUGCGCCGGCAGCCCUGGUACCAGUACUAGGUGCUCCGCAACUGAUGUGGACUCCCACCGUUUCACCGCCUGCCAAGUGCCACCUGCCACCUGCCGAGUGCCAAGUGCCGCGUGCCACGUGCCUUGUGUAACAUACAAAGCUAAACACUAAUCUUAAUGAUUUCUAUUCUACAUGUUAAUCCCCAAUUGUUCCACUUGAAUGCAGUUAUGUAAGUGCUUGCAACUAUUUAUUGUGCCUCGUGACCCCGCCCCUUUGCCCUUUCCCACUCUCCCCCUCCCUUAAUUUUGUUUCGGUAAUUGUAAAAGUAAUUGUUAAGAGUGCAAUAAAAGAAGAGGAAGCAGAAGCCAUAGAAAAGAAGAGAUCAGAAAGCAAUAUGUACAUACAAGCAGUCAGAAUUAAGAGAGUGCAAUGUAUACUAUAUGAUAAGUGACCACAUGCAGUGGGUUCCCAAUCCCCAAUCCCCAAUCCCCCUCCCCAAACCCCUCUCCUCCUCCUCCCCCUCGAAUUUGUAGUGUACUAACAGAAGCAUUUAUCGAACCCCUCGUUUAAGUCCAGUUCGUGUUUGAAUCUAACUCACUAAAACUGCGAAUGCAUCCAAAACCCGAAGGCGAUGUGUGUCAUGUUCAAGAUUAAACUGAAAUUAAACGGAAACAGAAUA